UGAUAUAUUUUAUCUUGUGUAUGUGCGUGUAUGUUUGUAAACAAGAUAUAUGGAGAGAAUAACACAUUUAUGGAAUGUGAAUCAAUUUAUUACAAAAUUAAAUUGUUCACAAAGUAGAAAUUUGCAAACGUUUUAUAUAGAAAAAUGUAAAAGAUUUAGUCAUGGAAUACAUUUGUCAUCUCAAAAUUUUGGUCCCUCGGUAAUGUGUAUAUAUUGUGGAUCACUUUGGAAUACAAUGAAUUAUACUAUUCGAAUAUCACGAGGUAAACCACUUUCAAAAUCCAUUAAAAAAAUUAUACAUUCUAUGAAUAAUAGUGAAAAAAGAAUAUCCAAAGUUCAGAGAACUUUAGUGAAAAAAUGUUUAAAAAAUAAAAUGAAUAAAUUAAUACUUAAAUGUUCAGUUUGUUUAAAAAAUACUAAAAUAUCUCUUAAUAAACCUCAAAAAGAAAAAAUACAAAAAAUUACUUUAGAAAAUAUUCAAAGUUCAAAAAAGAAGAAAAAGAAGAGAAUCAAGGAUAAGACUGCUGGUUUAAAUAUUUCUGGAAUUUCAAGCUUAGAUGUUACAAAAGAUGUUGCAAAAGAUGUUACAAAAGAAUUAAAAGAAAAAAACAAAGAAAAAAUGGAAAGCAUUAAAAAUUUGACCACACCAAAUCAAAAGUUAAAAAAAUUAAAUAUAAAAAAAUUAAAAGAUAUUAUGAAUGAACAUGCAACAUCUCGAAAAAGGAGAAGUUUACAUAGUUUUUUAACAGAACUUUGUUGAAAAUAAUUUAUUGUUAAAGUAUCUUAUAAAAUGUUCUAUAAACACAAAAUCUUUUAUUACAUAAAAAAACAUUUAUCACGCUCCAUUUAUAUAUAUAUAUAUAUAUAUAUAUAUAUAUAUAUAUAUAUAAAGAAA